AUGUCCGAGAUGCCCGCGAGCUCCGCCGCCCCGGCGCCCCACGACGACGCGCCGCCGUCGCCGCGCACCGUCGGCAACACGUUCAUGCGGCAGUACUACCACUUCCUGGCCAAGGACCCGCAGAGCCUCCACCGCUUCUACAAGACCGAGAGCCGCUGGUGCCACGGCGUGGGCUCGCACAUGGAGGAGCCCAUUGCCGGCCAGCGCGCGAUCAACGACGCGAUCUUGCAACGCGGCUACGCGGGCGCGCGCGUGGAGCUCGACGCGGGCUCGAUCGACUGCCAGCAGUCGCUCCAGGGCGGCGUGUUCGUGCUGGUCACGGGCGUCAUGACGCUGCGGGGCGCGGCGGCGCGGCCCAAGCCGUUCGUCCAGACGUUCUUCUUGGCCGUGCAGCCCAAGGGGUACUUUGUGCUGAACGACUGUCUGCGGUUCUUGGAGCUGCCGCGGGCAGAGGGCGAGUUGAAGGAGGAGCAGGUGCUGGACACGGGGAGAGGACGGGGCGAGCAGGAGGUCAAGGCACGCGAGUCGACGAAGAAGGUGGACGAGGCAGAGGGCAGUGCUGCUACUAUUGGUGCUACUGCCGCUGCUGGUGCUGGUGCUGGUGCUGAGGUGUCGAAGACUGUGGAGACUGAGGUGGUGGAGGAGCUCGUGGCUGAAGGAGGAGUCGAGGGCGAGACGGUGACGUUGCUGGAGAAGACGACACAGGAGACGGCGAGUGGCGCUGUUACGACAGUGAACAAGGAAGUGGUGGUCGAGACCACGUCGGCCGCACCGGUGUCGUCGACGUCGUCGUCGUCGUCGGGUUCUGCUACUGGCAAGACGACGACCGUGACGACAACGACGACGACGACCGUGACGUCAACGAAGGCGCCAGAGGGAGACGUGGCGCCUGCUGCUGUCAAGACGCUGUCGCCGGUCAAGGCGUGUGCGACUACGACACAGGAAGGGAAGGUAGCGACUGCUCCGGCGGAUCCAGUGGUGCCAGCUCCCGCUGAGCCAGAGAAGCCCAAGACAUGGGCAGCGCUCUUCUCGGCGUCGACGCCAGUUGCGACGGGGCCACCACCGGCUGCUGUGGUGCCACAAGCUGCGGCUCCAGUGAAGCCUGUGAGCACGAAGGACGUUGCUACCCCGUCGGCGUCCCCGGCUCCUACUGCGGCACCUCCUUCGUCUGGUGGUCUAGCGCCCGAGAGGUCGCCGAAGAGCAAGCCGAGCAAGGACAAGGAACAGAAGCGGCUGUACAGUCUGUUCAUUCGCGACCUGCCACCUCAGAUGCGUGACAGUGACCUCCGUGACCUGUUCAAGGGAUACGGCUCGAUCGCGGGUGUGAACGUUGUGGCUCAGCGCAACUUUGCAUUUGUGGACUACUACGAGCAGGAGAGCAUGCGUGCGGCUCUGGCCGAGACAAAAGAGUUCAAGGUGCUGGACAAAGUGCUGCAGGUGUCGGAGCGCGGCGACCGCAAAGAUGCCCCGCGCAGUGGUUUCCGCGGCAACGACUCGCGCGGUCGCGGUCGUGGGCAUGGCCCCAAGAGCGGCCGUGGUGGUGACCGUAAGGAGCGCAGCGGCGAUGACGCUCCUCCUUUCAGCAAGGGCGAGCGACGUGAGGGCCCGCGACGUGAGAAGACGGGCAACCGCCGUGGUGGUAAGGUGGAUGCUACGUCGCACAAUCGAGCGGAGUAG